GAAAUACUGCCAGCACUCAGAAAGCCAUGUCUUUUGAGUACUGUUUGAACUAGACGGUCAGAAGAGCUAGUGUUACUGUUUCUGCCAGGUUAACCAUUGGUGCUCUAUUUCACUAGUUCAGACUCGGGGAAUAUUUCAAUUCUGAUAAAUACAAGAUGUGCUUUUUCUUCCAUUGUUGCUUUUCUGUCACAACAAAAUUACAUUCUGUUUCAUUGCCCAGCAUGGUGCAAGGUAACAGCUAAGAGAUUCCAAUCCUAUGUGUCAGAGGAAUGACCAGUCAGAUACAGGGUGCAAGACGUUAGGAAAGGGAGAGGUCCUUGAAAGAUGGGAGAAGCUGAUUUUGGCAGAGGCUUACUACACUGAAGCUCAGUAUUUCAAUACCUUUGUUCUUCAGGACUUUCCUAUUAGAAGUCAUAAAUCUUUCCAUUUUUAAUCCACCCUGUGUUACAGAUCUGUACUGCUGCAGAAGGACUGACUUGGAAGGAAGAUGCUGAUGACAAGCUCAGUGGGAUUUAUUCUGUUCUUGCUCUUUCAAUGCACUUUGUCAGUAAGCACCACAGAGGCAGUGGUCUUGGCUAAUGCCCACCUUCUUCCCCAAAGAGGCUAUGAGAGACUGGGUAACAGCAAUGAAAAAGACUAUCCAAGGGAUUGUUUUGAGAUUUUUCAGCACUCCAAAGGAAAUUCCAGAGAUGGUCUUUACAUCAUCCAGCCAAAGGAGGACCCAAUUGUAGUCUCGUGUAACAUGCAAGAUGGUGGUUGGACAGUAAUCCAGCACAUUACAGCCAAUAGUACUGUCGACUUUGACAGGACCUGGCAGGAUUACAAAUAUGGAUUUGGUUCCGUUCAUGACAACCACUGGUUAGGAAAUGAAUAUAUGCAUCAGUUAACAAGCAGUUCCGUGCAAUAUAUACUUGGAGUUAAACUUGUAAACAUAAAUGCUGAAAUCAAAUGGGGACAGUAUGAACCAUUCCUUAUUGAAGAUGAAGAGUCUCAAUACCGAAUCAGGGUUGGUCUAUACCAAGGCAAUGCCACUGAUGCUCUAAGCUUGGACACAGAAGCUUAUCUUCAUGACAACCAGAAAUUCACCACCAAAGACAGAGACAAUGACAAUUACUUUCAGAAUUGUGCUAAACUGGAACACAAUGGCAUUCCUGGUGGAGGCUGGUGGUAUGAUGCAUGUGCUGGAGCAAAUCUAAACCGUAGGAAUGUGAUCUACUGGCAAAAAGAUUGCAACAAGCAACGCAUGUGCAAGUUUGCCUGGAUGAUGAUCAAACCCGUUGAGUAUAGCCUGUCAUAUCCAACCAAGUCCUGUCUGUGUCAGAAAGUUGAACUGUAG